GGUGACUUCCGGCAGAGAGGACUUGGCCCCCAGAGAGGGCGGGAGGUGACACAGUUGUUCCCCCAGCCCUGCGGGGCGGGCAGCACGGUUCACUCCAGCAUGGGGGCUCCAGAAAUAAGAAUGUCUAAGCCCCUGGAGGCCGAGAAGCAAGGUCUGGACUCCCCGUCAGAGCACACAGACACUGAAAGAAAUGGACCCGACACUAACCACCAGAACCCCCAGAAUAAGACCUCCCCGUUCUCCGUGUCCCCAACUGGCCCUGGCACCAAGGUGGGCAUUCUCUCUGGCCUCCACUUAACAUUCUGGGGUCCCGGACCCUGCCUCUCUCCCCCCCAGAUCAAGGCCGAAGACCCCAGUGGUGACUCAGCCCCAGCAGCACCCCCGCCCCCCCAGCCGGCUCAGCCACAUCUGCCCCAGGCCCAGCUCAUGCUGACGGGCAGCCAGCUCGCCGGGCUCACGGCGCUGAUGCCAGCUCAGCAGCAGCUCCUCCUGCAGCAAGCGCAGGCCCAGCUCCUGGCCGCCGCCGUGCAACAGUCCAAUGCUGCUGCCGCCGCCGCCGCUGCCUCCUCCACCUCCUCUUCCUCUUCUUCCUCCUCCUCCUCUGCCUCCUCCUCGACCUCGCAGCCCCCAGCCUCCUCUGGGGGAGGCGACCUGCCACCACCACAGCCCGCCAGCCAGCCCCCUGGGACCCCACAGCUCACCCUGUCCCAGCCCAUCCAGCUCACAGCACAGGACAUACAGCAGCUUCUCCAGCUCCAGCAGCUGGUGCUUGUGCCGGGUCAUCACCUCCAGCCCCCUGCUCAGUUCCUGCUGCCGCAGGCCCAGCAGAGUCAGCCAGGCCUGCUACCGACGCCAAAUCUAUUCCAGCUACCUCAGCAAACCCAGGGAGCUCUUCUGACCUCCCAGCCCCGGGCCGGGCUGCCCACCCAGCCCCCCAAAUGCUUGGAGCCACCCUCCCACCCCGAGGAGCCCAGUGACCUGGAGGAGCUGGAGCAGUUCGCCCGCACCUUCAAGCAACGCCGCAUCAAGCUGGGCUUCACGCAGGGUGACGUGGGCCUGGCCAUGGGCAAGCUCUACGGCAACGACUUCAGCCAGACGACUAUCUCCCGCUUCGAGGCCCUCAACCUGAGCUUCAAGAACAUGUGCAAACUCAAGCCCCUCCUGGAGAAGUGGCUCAACGACGCAGAGACGAUGUCCGUGGACUCCAGCCUGCCCAGCCCCAACCAGCUGAGCAGCCCCAGCCUGGGUUUCGAUGGGCUCCCAGGCCGGAGACGCAAGAAGAGGACCAGCAUCGAGACAAACGUCCGCUUCGCCUUAGAGAAGAGUUUUCUAGCGAACCAGAAGCCUACCUCAGAGGAGAUCCUGCUGAUCGCGGAGCAGCUGCACAUGGAGAAGGAAGUGAUCCGCGUCUGGUUCUGCAACCGGCGCCAGAAGGAGAAACGCAUCAACCCCUGCAGCGCGGCCCCCAUGCUGCCCAGCCCCGGGAAGCCGGCCAGCUACAGCCCCCAUCUGGUCACACCCCAAGGGAGUGCUGGGACCUUGCCGAUGUCCCAAGCUUCCAGCAGUCUGAGCACAACAGUUACUACCUUAUCCUCAGCUGUGGGGACGCUCCACCCCAGCCGGACAGCCGGAGGGGGUGGGGGCGGGGGCGGGGCUGCGCCCCCCCUCAAUUCCAUUCCUUCUGUCACUCCCCCACCCCCGGCCACCACCAACAGCACAAAUCCCAGCCCUCAAGGCAGCCACUCGGCUAUCGGCUUGUCGGGCCUGAACCCCAGCGCGGGAAGCACAAUGGUGGGGUUGAGCUCCGGGCUGAGUCCAGCCCUCAUGAGCAACAACCCUUUGGCUACUAUCCAAGCCCUGGCCUCUGGUGGAACCCUGCCCCUUACCAGCCUUGACGGCAGCGGGAACCUGGUGCUGGGGGCAGCUGGUGCGGCCCCGGGGAGCCCUGGCCUGGUGACCUCACCGCUCUUCUUGAACCACGCUGGGCUGCCCCUGCUCAGCGCCCCGCCUGGCGUGGGCCUGGUCUCUGCAGCCGCUGCAGCUGUGGCAGCCUCCAUCUCCAGCAAGUCUCCGGGUCUCUCCUCCUCCUCCUCCUCCUCCUCUUCCUCCUCCUCCUCCUCGUCCUCCUCCUCCACUUGCAGUGAGGCCACAGCACAGACCCCUGGAGGCCCAGGGGGGCCGGAGGCAGGGUCCAAGCCCGAGUGAGGGCCCACCACGCCUCCCCUCCUACUCCUCUGACCCCCACUUCGGUCCCCGUCUAGAAGACAGCGAGGAGGCCAGCGAUGGGAGCGUAGGAGGGCCUUGGAGCAGGAGUGAUAAGGGAGAAAAGACCAAAAAAAUCUAACCACCAAAAAAAAAAAAAAAAAAAAAAAGAAAGAAAGAAAGAAGAGAAACCAACAAAAAAGAAAACCAAAAAUAAUCACAACAGAAACCAGCUGCCCCAAAGGAACCAGAGUGAAAAACAAACAAAAACCAAAAACAGACCAACACCCCCCCCCACCCCCCCCAACCAAACAAACCAAAAACCAGUUGCAAGCCAGACCUCAGUGUGCUCAUCCUCACAGCUAGGACACCAAAUAAGAACCCCAGCCAGGGGCCUAGAAGCCUGAGGGCGGACCUCACCCUGAGCCCCUGGCUGUGGGGCCAACCUGCAACCUUGCCUCCCCAGCAGGGAGCCAAAGAAGGAAAAAGAGAACGUGCCAGCCUCCUAGCCCCAGCCCCCAGCCCUGGGCCAGUGAAGACGGCACAGCCUGGGCCAGAGGGGUGGGGCUCAGCACCACCACCAAAUGUUCUUUUCCGAAAGGUGACAGAGAAAGGGCCUGAACAACCUUACACCAAAUAUUCAGUAGCUUCAUCCAAAGGAUGUACAGAAUUUUUAGCGUUGUGUUCAACAGAAUGUGUCCCCACCAUGCGUCCUUUCCCCUCCCCCCAGCUCUCCCCACCCAGGCAGGGGGUCUCGCUUUAACCUCCUCCCUCCCCCCGCCAGUGGAGAGUGCAGGGGAAGGCCUGGGAUGACUUUUCACCCCUGUACUUCCCCCUUUUCCCUUUGAAGGGUGGGCUAGGCCAUUUUUGCUAAGUUCUAGCUCUCACAUGUCCCCCCUCACCAGGUCACCCUCCUGUGCUCUGGGACCUCCCCCCUCCCUGGCCUAUGGGGAGGUGGAAGUUCCAGGCAAGAGGGAAUGAGGUGAGGGCAUCCAAGUUGUCUUUCUUUCCAUCCUUGUCUGUCAGUUUCCCUGAAAAAAAAAUUCAUAUUCCAGUGCCUAUCCGUGGAAUCCUUCACGUUCUUUGACAUUGACCAGAAACCAAAAAGAGAACUCACUUCACUCCCUCCCACUCCCCUGUGCCCCUCUGAUACUGGCAGAUGCCUCUUCCUCUCCCUGACACAUGCAGACACGCACUCACCCCAGUGGUGGGGUUCCUUGAGAUGGCAUCCCUAUCAGGGUCCGUGUGGCGGGGACAGUGCCAUGACCUGUGGUCCCCAUCUGAGAGGGCACUGUGGUAGCCACUGCUCCUAUGAGACCUCCCUCUAGUCUUGGCUGGACCCUGUGUUUGCUCAGCCCCGGACACAUCUCCACGUCGACAGACAGAGGAGACACCGCUGGGAGCCACUUUGCCCCCUGCUAUUGUGGAGGCCAACGAAGUUUUGAACCAAAAACAAAAAACCAAACAAACAAUAAAUUAAAACUAGAAAAAAGAAUUUAUAUAUAUAUUUAAGGGAAAGAAGAAGAGAGCUCUUCAAGAAUAAGAAGGAGCCGAGAGGCGGAGCCAAGCCCUGUCCAGGCCCUUGGUCCCCAAGGCGGAUGGAAGGACAGAUGCUUCUUUCUCCUCACAAAUACCUCAUGGACGUUGUCUUCGGGAAAGCCGGAGGGGGGCGGCUGGGGCAGGCCUGUCCCUCAGCCAGGGCAGAUGGAAGUGGGUGGGCAGGGCUGAGAAAGGGUGCCAGGGACUGGGGUGAAGAGCCCCAUACUCCCUGCCCCACCCCAAUCAACUGAAAAAGCUUUAAAAAAAACAACAACAGGAAAAAAGGAAUAAGAAGACAAAAAGAAUGGAUGAAGGAAAACUAACACACUUUCGGGUGGUUUGAUUCCUCCUUUGAUUUCUUUUUCUAUUCCAUCUGUCCCCUCUCCUCUGUAACUUUUCUCUCUGCUUCUCUCUCUCUCUCUCUCUCUCUCUCUCUCUCUCUCUCUCUCUCUCUCUCUCUCUCUCUCUCUCUCUCUCCUCUCUCUCAUUUACUACCCUCUCUCUUCCUUCUUCUCUCAUCUCUCUCAAUCUCAUUCUUUCUGUGUCUCUCCUCAAACCAAAGUGUUGCUGUGAAGGACGAGAGCCAUGGAAGUCAGCGUGGCCCUGCCCCUUGCUGGUCCGAGCAGAGCAGAGGGAGGGGGAACCCCCGAGACAGUGCUGCUGGACACUGAGGAGAGGCAGAGCCUCGUCGGAUGCCACUCUGGGCCCUGAGGCCUCCAUGUUCUUUUUCUCUUGUCUCCCUUCUCCCACCCGGGAAAUGAAACUGUUGGGCUGGGCCACAGAGGCGGCAGAGACUCGGCUGUUUCGGGGGUUUGGGGUGCCCUGUCUGGUACCAGUGGAGUGGCUGCCCCUCGGACCCUGGCACCCAUGAUGGGGCCUGGCAUGCCAUCAGCCAGCCUCGCAGGAAUGUAAGAAUCUCUGCUGAACCGACUCCCUGCCCUCACCCUACCUCUGAGUUUGUCCAUUUUUAUUUCCUGAAGAGAAGAGACUAUUGAGAGGGCCUGGGCAGACAAUAAGGACAUUUGAGCAGAGCAAAGUUAAAGGAAUUACAACCAAAAACCCCUCCGAGAAGACAGGCAGCAUGGAAGGCAUGGUGGAGAUGACUCAAACAAAAACUAUGAUUUCAGACCAAAAAAAGAAAAAAAGAGAAAAAAGAAAGAAAAAAAGAAUAAAAUAGGGAAAAAAAGAGAAAAAAAAUCCAGGACUCACCACCACCCACUUCAUCCUGCUUCCUCCCCAUCAAGUCCUGCCACCUGGGACCUCUCCCCAACCCCAGUGUGGGGGGAGUGGGGCAGACAGCAGAGGAGGAAGUAGGGAGCAGGGAUAGGGCCAAUGAUGCCCUGACACUGGUGGAGGGACCCCCCCAUGCAGCUGGGGGGUGGUGGGGACCCUCCCCAUACAACCCCUAUAACUGGGAAAAGAAAAACAAUAAAAGAAAAUUCCUGGGAGGGGGAAAAAUAACCAAAUCCCAAGCUUUAACUACAGCUGUGAAACCAAAUAUUGGGAAGGGGAUGGGAGGGAGGGAGGGGCAAGUGUGCCCCAGGUCUCCCCCCUGGGCCCCCUCCCCCGAGGACUCGAGAUAAGGCACCAAAUACCUCAUAGAACUUUAAUGUUAAAAAAAGGAAACCAAAUAUCGUUGGCUGGGGGCCGGCCAGGGCAAGGGGCUGGGGGGCAGAAGGGAGCCAGGGUUGGGAAGGUGAUGGGGGAAUUUGUGCCCCCCACUCCCCUCUUGCCCUUUCCACUCCAGUCCCCCGGCUGAACUCCGGGAAACAAAACUAUCUCAUCGUUUUUAUUUUGUGGUCUGUACAGAGCCUGUGUCCGUGUGUCUGUGUGAGCGAGAGAUUUGGGGGGUUGGGGAACAUUGUAUGGGGGUUGGGGAGGGAGACCCCAGACCAGGCUCUGGGCUAGGUGUGAUGUCUGAGGUGAGGGGCCAGGGGUCUGGGCUAGAAAGAGAGGAAGAUGAAUGGAUUGGAGAAAUGGGGCAUGGGGCACCCUCUGAAUUCCUCUUCUCCCCAACCAUGACCUCCUGCUUGAGGAAGGGACAGAGACUGGGUCUACCUUGAUGGUGGACCUUUGAAUUGUGCCAAAAAAAAAAAAAAAAAUGCCA